GCUGGCAGGCGCGACCCACGGGUCCGGCAACAGCCUGCAAGCCGCGCAGCAGAACACACACGGCGGGGGAGGUCCGCAGCCGCGGCGGCUCCGAAACACCCCUCAUCACACCAAGACCUCCGUGCCUCGCCGCAGGCUCCGCCCCCUCUCAGCCCCGCCCACCGGAGGGGGGGGAAGGACACACACACCGCCUUCCGUCCGCCCCGCCUCCUGCCUCGGACCGGAAGUUCGGGCUUCCCAGAGUGCCCCGCGCGCGGCGGGCAUGAUAACAAACCCCCGGGGCUCCCACGCGGGUGGUUCGGCCGUGUGUUGGCAUCGUGGUGUGUGAGACGACGGCUGUCUGCGAGCCGUGCGGGGCCAGCGCAUCGUCAACCCGAGCGAUGGCGCUGUUCCGGGCCGUGUGGGGCGUGCUAAGGGCGCUCGGGCGCUCGGGGGCCGAGAUGUGCGGGGGCUGCGGGGGUCGCGUGCCCUCGCCGCUCAGCUUUGUCUGUAUUCCGAAAUGGUUUUCAUCUAACUUGAGUAAUUAUCCAAAGAAACCUAUGAGUUCAUACCUUCGGUUUUCUACAGAACAGCUACCCAGAUUUAAAGCUAAACACCCAGAUGCAAAACUUUCAGAACUGGUUAGAAAAAUUGCAGCCGCGUGGAGGGAACUACCGGAUGCAGAAAAAAAAGUGUAUGAAGCUGAUUUUAAGGCAGAAUGGAAAGCGUACAAAGAAGCUAUGAGCAGAUUUAAAGACCAGCUAACUCCAAGUCAGUUGGUAUCUUUUGAGAAAGAAGUCAGGCAAAAACGUAUGAAAAAGCAAGCGUUAGUAAAAAAGAAAGAAUUAAUGUUGCUUGGAAAACCAAAAAGACCUCGAUCAGCAUACAACAUUUAUGUAUCUGAAAGCUUUCAAGAGGCUACAGAUCAAACUGCUCAGGGAAAACUGAAGAGUAUAAAUGAGGCUUGGAAAAAACUAUCUAGUGAUGAAAAACAGGCAUACAUUCAGCUUGCUAAAGAUGAUAGAAUUCGUUAUGAUAAUGAAAUGAAGUCUUGGGAAGAGCAAAUGGCAGAAGUUGGACGAAGUGAUCUCAUUCGACGCAAUGUGAAGCGAGCACGAGACAUCACUGAGAAUUAAGACCGAAGAUGGAGUUGUCUUUGUGAUUAGGCACAAGAAACCAACGAGGUCUCAGUGCCUUAAUAGUCAAAUAAGAAAGGCUAAGGCUGGUUGACACUGGAUAGUCAGUUCCUUUUUCUGUAGCCCAUGGACCUCUGCCGUUGAAUACAUUUCUGUUAUUAUAUCAAGCCCUGACUGUGAAA